CGACUUCUCUAUCUCGGCUUUACCGUUGAACUGAUGCUCAGAAGUCAAACAAUCCUAGUGGCAUUCCCGAAUAUCGUACAGAAAUCAGAGGGCAUUUAUAAAUCCAUCAAUCAUAAUUAAUUCAGAGAAGAUCCAACUUCGCCAUCUAGAAAAUCCCCAAUUCCCCUGCGAAGACUCUAAGCAGAAGAACAAGAAACAGACACAAAUUUUAGAGAGAGAUCACUGUGAAGCAUUUCUGCGGAAAAAGCGUGAAAGAUAGAGUUUUGUCGCUUUAAUGGCGGAGGAGAAGCAAAGCGACGAGAGCGUGAAGCUGUUCGUAGGUCAAGUGCCGAAGCACAUGACUGAAGACCAGAUUCUCGCAAUGUUCCAAGAGUUUGCGCUCGUAGACGAAGUCAACAUAAUUAAGGAUAAGACCACGCGUGCUUCUCGAGGAUGUUGUUUUGUGAUUUGUCCGUCGAGUGAAGAAGCCGACAAGGCAGUGAAUGCAUGUCACAACAAGAAGACGCUUCCUGGGGUUAGUAUUAUUUACUGUAAUUUUGUUUCGUUUUAUUUAUGUUGAAUUGUAUUGUCUUUUAAGCGCUUAAAAUGGAAAAGAUUACUUACAUUAAUUUAAUAUAACUGCGGACUACAUGCUUUGAGAAGUGUCUGAUUCAGACAGCUAAUUGCUUGUUUAUGAAAACUUUGGUCACUGUUUUAUUUAAUGAAGUUGAAACUUUUUGAAUUAGUUCUAGGCCUUGCAUUAAUAUCUUCGUGGUUUAGAAAAUAAGUAGGACCAUCUCAUUUAUGGUUAUUUUAAAUUCAGAAGUAGCUAAUACUGUUAGGAACACUAGUUAGUUUAAUAUUGACUCCAAUUUUAGAUUCAGGUGUAGCAAGGUUAAGUCACAUUGUAGGUUAAGAUGCCACAGUAAUCCCUGCAUAUGAUUCUGAUAAGUAACUCUCGAUGGUAGUGAGAGGUUUUGGCCCAUAAAAGGAGGAACUUGAAACUGGUAAUUAAGAAUUCUGUCAAAAUUUGAUUUCAUUCUGGAUUCCCAUUUUCCCCGAAUCUGUGGUGCGAGAUGAAGAUUAUCUAUGUAAUGGAAGCAGAGAGCUGAAAAGAAUUUUGGGGUCUUGUCACAAAAUUAUGGAGUAGAGUUGGCAUGGGACGAAUUGGUAAAACAUUUGAUUGGGAGCUUGUGAUGUUAAAAUCAGAAACAGGUGAAAAGGAAUAAGAACUCUAUGGUUACCAAAUAUAAAUGCUUUAGAAAGCUAUAGGAUUUUACCAAUGUAGAUUAACACAUUGGGGCUGAAGUAAACAUCAUGUGAGUAAGUGUGCUGUGGAAGUUGGAAAAGAUAAAUAUACAAGGAUUUCUCUGUUGUGCCAUCACCAUAUUGCACACUGCUUCAUUAUGAGCUACUUAACAUGUAUUAUCCUCUCACAAGCUGCAAUUACAUCUUCUUGUGUACAUCUAGCUUUUACAUGUAAGGUAUUCGAGAUACAAAUCAUGGCAACACACAAUUCUUUAGAUAGGUAUCACAAUAAUCGUAAUUUUGUGAAGUUAUAGGCAUUUAAGUCAUCUCUUUCCCUUUUUCUUGUUAAUAGAGCAAGAAAAAAAGAAAUUUUAAAGCGGAUAUUUAGGUCGUAC